AUGGAAUCUAUCAGGAACGCAGCAACCGCCGCCGCUAGCUACGUCGGCUUGGGCGGUACUACUGAAGAGAACAGAGAAGACGAUACCAGCCACAUCGCUGGUGGUGAAGCUCCCCAAAAUGCCGCUACUGGCACUUCUCAGUCUGGCAUCGAGCCAGUCUCCGGCAGGCUCGGUCGCGGAGAGGCUGGCGAGCCCUAUGAUGCUGGAAACGUUGAUGGUAUUUCCGUCCAGAACCCUUCUUCAGAUUACACCUCUCAAUCGACCACCACCCGUAGCCACAACACAGGCACUGGACUUGGUAGCAGUCUGACUGGAAGCAGUGGUCUGACCAGCGGCAGCGGUCUUACUGGCAGCAGUGGCCUUACUGGCUCAAGCGGUAACAGCGGACUUGCUAACUCUGGCCUCGGUUCGACCACUACCUCAUCCGACACUCGCUCCUCCGUACCUCUCACAGAGAAGGCCCGUGAGACUUUCGGAAUCGGUGGAGGGGACAAGCAUGCUUCUGGCUUGGGCAGUCGCGAGGACGGACCUGGAUACGGCACAUCCUCGAAGCGUGACAAGGACAGCACUCUCGGCUCUGUCAUCGGACACGGAUCCAACCCCGACAAGUACUUGUACGACUCGAAGACUGCUCCUGGACUCGGUGGCCACCGCAUUGGUGACGACUUUACCGACUCCAACACUAGACACGAGGGUAACACGUCGCUUCCUGCCAAUCUAGGCUCUGAUGCUGCUGCUGGCAAGGCCGGAGCUUACUCUUCCUCCGGAGGUUUGACAGGCCGCUCCGACAACGAGAGAUACUCUUCUGGUACUGGCGAGAGUAUUACUCAAAAGGCCAAGGACUAUCUGCCUGGUACAAGCAGCCACUCGAACACUCAGAACGACUCAGCUCUUGCUGGAGCUAGAGAAGUGAUCACUGGUUCUGGCGGCAACGAGUCUCGUUACGGAAGCUCAACCUACGGAUCUGGCAACAGCUCGACCCUUCCUGUCCGCAGCCAUGAAACCGCCGAUAGUAUUACUCCCGGCUCUCUCAGCGGCUCGCUCGUCGGAGGCACUGGAUCCGACCUCACUAGCACUUCAUCAGGUCUCACUGCUGGCCUGACUGGCUCCAGAACCACUGGUGGCACUACUAGCAUUGGCCAAGAGAUUCGUGACGAAGGUAAGUGCCGCCUCUCCACCCCAGCUUCCAGCAAUAACAGGCGAUCGACAGAACGUGAAGGCUACAAGCCCCAUGGCGGCCACCCCAUAGGCGAGGCAGCUCACAGCACCGUGGAUGGCAAGCAGACUUGGCUCGACUACCGUAAUGACCCUACCCUCCCUGUCGCUCGUGCCGAGCCUGCCGAUCUGUAA